AAAAAAGAAGAAGAAGAAGAGGAAGAGAGGGGUAUUUUGAAAUUAAAGAAGAGGUAGUGAGAAAGUUUGAAGACUAGAGGAGAGACGAGGUUAGUCUCCUAAAAUCUCGUGACCAUUUCUUUUAAUCUGAGUUGUUCAUUAAAAGAGAAAAACAAAGAAGGGAGAAAGCUUGUUUUGGAAGAGUAGAUGGAGACAGAAAGUCAGUUCAAGCCGGUGAAACUAAAAGACGCCACUAACCUAAUCAACCAACAAGUUAAUCUCCUUGGCAUCGUUAUCGAACUAAGACAACCCAAGCAAUGCAGCAACAAAAAUUGGGUUUGUACGCUUCAUAUAAUCGACGAUUCCUACCCAAGACCAGGUCUUACAGUUAAUGUAUUUAGUAAUAAUCGUGAAGAACUUCCGAAACACUAUGGCAUGAUGAUUCUCUUAUUAAACGUCAAGAUGCAAUCUUUUGAUGGUGGGAGAAGAGUAAACGCUGCCUGUAAACAAAGGUCUUCCUCCUUUGCCUUGUUUCAAAGACGAAGUGGAGAUGGUGAUUUUGUAUGUUGGCAAUCCUCCUCGAAUUUUGACGGUGAAGAGAGAUACGAGAGUUCUAUAAUCGAGCUAGGCAAAGUGUUUGCUCUUACUGGCAUCUUUGAUCAAGCUUCACAGAUUUCACCUUACAAGCCAGAACCAGCUCAACCUCCUCCGGUGUUUUCGUUUUUGAGAGAGAUCAAUGAUGGAAACCGCUUCAAUCUAGUGUGCAAGGUCCUCCAUGUCGAUGAAGACACGAACACCAUUUUCGUCUGGGAUGGAACUGAUGCGCCCCCUGCUUCUAUUGGGUUUGAAGACAAGCCGGUUAGCAAUCUCUCAGUUCAUACUCUUCUCUCAAGAGAUAUAUUGCGAAGCUUUCCCACCGUUGGAACCAUACUGAGAGUCUCUCUAAGUAAUCAUCAUCUGUUUCAUGGUGUUGUUAAACCUGGUGACUGGGUGAAACUCUGCCUGCUACUACUUUGUGUAGUUGAUAAGGGAUCUUGGAUAGGUAAAGUUACCGGCUCUACAACGGUUGUUACUCUAGCACAGGAUGAUCAUUUAGUAGAAAAGAUUAUGAGGAUUUAUGAGAAGAGAAUCACAUCAAAGAUGGGACAUAUUCCGUUUUGGAGUUUUCCAUCUCCUCCAGGAUUAACAGGAACAGAUGCCGAUCAAGUCCCAUUUGUUACACUCAUGGACAUUAUAACUUUCCCCAAGUUUAUUACAGGUUACAUACAAAUACAGAUGCAUUGUUCGAGUGGUGUUUGCAUUUCCUUCGCAAGUAGAGGACGAGAAUGGUCAUUACCGAGUUCUGUUGACCCUGGAGGAUCCAACAGCAGCUUUAGAGGCUUUCUUAUGCGACGAAGAAGCAGAGCAUUUUUGGGGCGUAGGGUUACAACAGAACACAGAGAUGUUGAGGAAGAAGUGGAAUCAGUUGCUUGGAAUAACAAGGGAAAGCUCAGCAUCUUUGGCUACAAGACAUCCACCGUGGAUAGAGUGCUGUAUCUUCUCCUAUUAUACCAGUAAAGCUGACCCUUGGAGAACAAGAUCAUACAAAGUAUUUGGCACUAACCUUCUUGAUUAAGAAGCUGUUUUAGUGGUCAAAUGACUAGAAAGUUAGGCGGUUUAGACCAUGUUUAUAAAUGUAGGAUGAUGUUCUUGACUUAGCUAUCAUUGAGACCAUAUCAAGUAGUGGCAAAUUGUUUAAGUUA